CCACACCAAAGUCAUGUCCGCGCUACUGAGAUUUCUCGCAAGCAAACCUUUUUUGUACCGCAAAAAAAUGACGAGGUUCCAAACGAUUUUGGCGCUCAUGUGAUUUACACCAUCUUGGAGUCCGAGAAGACAUUAGCAUUUGAACAAAACUCCAGACCCAUCAAGAGGGCCAUCUUUGAAACAUUCAGUCAUGGCAUCAACGGCACAGACUGUCGACUCGACCUCCGUUUACAUCUGUGGCAUGAUUUGUGGUAGAACCUUCCUGAACAGCAAAGAGUUUGAGGAGCAUCAAGCAAGCCACACUGGCCAGCAUACACUAUUGGCGACUGUCUAUCCUGACAGAUUCAACCCGGAUGGAACGAUGCGGAUGACCGGUCCACCCGCCGAUGCACCCUACUGCCGCGUGUGUGGCAAAGUCUUUGCCGGGCAGAAUCAUCUGGAGCGUCACCUGCGAGUGCACACCGGCGAAAAGCCGUUUACCUGCGCCACUUGCGGCCGGGCCUUCACGCAAGAGGCCAGCAUGAAGAGGCACCAGCAGAUCCACACCGGGGAGGUGAGAGAGAAGAAGCACAGGUGCAACAUAUGCGACAAGGCCUUCCUGUACAACUCUCAGCUGAAAGAACACCAGAGAACCCACACUGGAGAGAAACCAUACAAAUGCGAAUACUGUGGCAAAGCCUUCACUAAGCAGACCCUCGUAAAUCACCAUAGGAAGAUCCACACAGGAGACAAGCCAUUCGUCUGCGACAUCUGCAACAAGGCUUUCACGCAACUGAGCCGCCUUAGAGUCCACAAGGUGACCCACACCACCGAAAGGCCAUUUGUGUGCGACAUCUGCAGCAAGACCUUCAACAUUCAGUCCAACUUGUAUGCCCACCGUAAGCUCCACUCACUGGAGAAGACGUUUACCUGCAACGUCUGCCAGCGGCAGUUUGCCACCAAGCGUGGCAUGAGAGACCAUCGCAACACCCACAACAAGCCAUUCCUGUGUGAGGAUUGCGGCAAGGCAUUCGCUCUGAGCCAGGCACUCAGGAAACAUCGCAAAAAACAUGCCAAGGUCCAAGAAGAAGUUCAGGCAUCAGACCAAAAAGAAUCCUCAGAGGACUACUGUGAUUUACCUGAAAUGCUUCUUGUUUGUGCAGUCCCCAGAAACAUGAGAAAGAGUUUCACUUGCGGCAGCUGUGGCGUGACGUUCUCCAGGAGGACCAGCCUCCGCGGUCACAUCAAGAAGUUCCACGUUGGAGGGAAACUGUUCCACUGUUUCAUUUGUGGCUCCGCCAUCUCACACGUGAGUGUCCUUGAGACCUUGCUUCAGGCAAACACUGAAAUUGAGGAGUUCAUUUGUGAAAGUUGUGAGGAUUGUGUUCAAAAGCAAAAGAGACUCAUCAAGGAACUGGACGUCCAUUCUCAGGAGGAGAUAGUGGUUGUUGUUUACAAUAAAGGCAUCUCUGAAAGCGCCAAUAUUGUGAGUCACUGCAGGGACAGUGCUGGUGUGGAGACUACUAGCCCAGAGACGGACCAUGUUACCGACGGUCAAGCCUGUAACAAACAUAACACCACUCCCCCAGAGUACAAGCCAGAACUUGAUGCCAGCGAAAAGUCACCAGGAGCUAAUAACUCUUCCAAAGCUUCACCAGGCAGAAGAGGGCGCUUUUGCCAUGGCGGUAAAGCUCAUUCCAAGGGUUCUUUCAUUUGCAAGGUGUGCAAUAAAUCUUUCUCACUCCGAGGCAAUCUCAAUAUGCACCAGCUGGUCCACACCGGCGAAAAGUCCUUCUUGUGUGACAUCUGCGGCCACGUCUACGCACGGAAUCAAGCCCUGAAGGACCACCAGAUGAGUCACACUGGAGAGAGGCCAUACUUGUGCAGUGUCUGCGGCAAGUCCUACCGACACAGGAAGAUGUACCACGAUCACCAGAGAACGCACACUGGAGACAGGCCUUACACGUGUGGCACUUGCGGCAAGGCCUUCUCUACCAACACCACACUCAGGCAGCACCACCGGAUUCACUCCAAAGAGAAGCCGUACAUGUGUGGCACCUGCGGCGUAGUUUUCUCAAGGAGAACCAGCCUUCGUAAGCACAUCAGAAAGUUCCAUGUCGCAAGGAAACUGUUCCACUGUUUUAGUUGUGGCACCACCAUCUCGCAGGCGAUUGUCGUCGAGGCCUUGCUUCGGGCACCCUCUAAGAUUGAGGAGUUCAUUUGUGAAAGUUGUGCAGAUCGUGAUCAAAAGAGACACAUUAAGGAACUGGAGGUCCAUUCUAAGGAGGAGAUAGUGGUUGUUGUUUACAAUAAAGGCAUCUCUGAAAGCACCAAUAUUGUCAGUCACUGCAGGGACAGCGCUGGUGUGGAGACUACUAGCCCAGAGACGGACCAUGUUACCGACGGUCAAGCCUGUAACAAACAUAACACCACUCCCCCAGAGUACAAGCCAGAAAUUGAUGCCAGCGAAAAGUCACCAGGAGCUAAUAACUCUUCCAAAGCCUCACCGGGCAGAAGAGGGCGCUUUUGCCAUGGCGGUAAAGCUCAUUCCAAGGGUUCUUUCAUUUGCAAGGUGUGCAAUAAAUCUUUCUCACUCCGAGGCAAUCUCAAUAUGCACCAGCUGGUCCACACCGGCGAGAAGUCCUUCUCGUGCGACGUCUGCAGCAACGUCUACGCACGGAAACAAGCCCUGAAGGAGCACCAGAUGAGUCACACUGGAGAGAGGCCAUACUUGUGCAGUGUUUGCGGCAAGUCCUACCGACACAGGCAGAUGCUCCGAGAUCACCAGAGAACGCACACUGGAGACAGGCCUUACACGUGUGGCACUUGCGGCAAGGCCUUCUCUACCAACACCACACUCAGGCAGCACCACCGGAUUCACUCCAAAGAGAAGCCAUACAUGUGUGGCACCUGCGGCGUAGUUUUCUCAAGGAGGACCAGCCUUCGUAGGCACAUCAAAAAGUUCCACGUUAGAGAAGAAACAUUCAAUUGUGAAAGUUGUGGAGACGCAAUCUCGCAAGAGAAGGCUGUAGAAACUCUACUUGUGGCCUGCUCUGAGGUGAAAAUUUUCUAUUGUCAAACUUGCAAAAAGCCUCUUUAGGAUCCUAACAGUUGUGUUUGGGAGCAACUGGAAAAAAAAAAUUUGGGCCAUUCAUUUAAGAUGUGUGGACCAUCAAACUCCAACGGUACAAAUGCGAAGGGCAUUCAAGAUUCUGAGUUUUUUGUGAUAACCUGUGUUUUGCCAGUAAAGAGAACGACCCUGUGCUUCAGAACUUAAAUAGGUAUUUCUGUUUGUAACAAGUCCAAACUGUACCUCAGCCAUGAGAUGAUUUGACAGCAGUAUUAUCAUUAAUAUCGUUAAAGAUGAAACAAAAAGAAUUUGUAAAAGACUGAGUUGGUUCAUGACUGACAAACUGAUUAGAAAUGAAAACUUGAUUUCACGAUGCUUCAUAGCACUAUCGUCAGGGAGAAAUGUCACAGAAAUUUAUUUUUACAGGUGAAUCUUUGCAGUCAAUUUGUGUUGUGCGUGCCGUGAAAGUUGUGCAUAUUCCUUUGGUAGUUGCAUCUGGAGAGUUUUAUCGUCUUUCAAAAACUAACAUUUUCAAGACCAGCACCACAAUUGUGGCUACAUCACGAUCUGGCAUUGUGUCAUUUGAUUAAUUAUAAGCUUCUCAUUCUCAUGAGGUUGUCAGUGUGUCUGUGAAACUGACAUAGCUUGCCUGACAGUCAUGAAGCCUGAAUGUAAGGCAGUGAGCAGCCUUCGCCAGAGCUUUUUGGUCGAAAUAGACAAUUUCAGUCAGAGGCAGCUUUUGGGUGUGCGUACGUCGUUUCACCAAUUUCAUUUUGAUUUCUUGAACAUACCUCAAAUAAAAAACGGAACCUUCUUUUGGCCUGCACACAAGACCAAAGCACUUUUCAGUGGGGGGACUUUGUUUCAGUACGGUAUUAUGUUUUGUUUGAGUAUUCUUUGCUCAAAUAUUGAUGUAUGUAACUCAGAUACAACAUGCUUAAGAAUGUGAUAUGCAUUUAUAUAUAUAUACCAUUUUUUCCCUUUUACAAUCCUGUUCUCUGAAUUGCCUACAGUCUAGUUCAAUAGUGACUAUACAUGUACAUACUAAAAACUUUUAUACAGAACCAAGUUUGAAAGAAUGUGUUUCAUGUAUCUUUUUUAUUCUUCAGUGUUUUAUAACCAUGCAAAUUUUUCACCUUUUUCAAAAUGACAUGUUUUGAAAAUGGCCUCUUUGGUUACAACAAAGUUCAAAGUAUAAAGAACUUCCCUUGGAAAAGCAUUCCUUUUUCCUAUUUUGGGGAAUUCCCUUUUUAUUGCCGUUGAUCAUGUUCUGAACAUAGCCCACAAGAAAGUUCUUUUUGAUGUUUGAUAAAGCUGUUUCAAAUAUCCAUUUUUCGUAAGCUCUACCACUGCUUGAGAAAGAUAACAAGUGCUUGUUUAGGACAGUGUCUGAUAUCACCACUGUAAAAUUGCUUAACAUACAAGAGCAGUAUUAAUUUCUGCUUCCUUUUUAGUGUGAACAACGGAAUAAAUAUUUUGUUAUCCGUUGAUAUGAGA